CUGAGCAACGCGGUGUCAAGACAUGGCGGCUUGCUAUGGCCCCACUGCUGGCCAUAGGCCAUGGCCACAGGCUUUACAGGUCAGCCAUGGCCUCGGCACGGCAACACCGCGAAACCAUUCCUGGAGGCUUCAAGAGCGGCAGCAUCUUGCCUCCGUGACGGCGCUGUGCUUUGCUGCAUUUCGCACCUUGAGAAAGAGGAGACCAACUGGCCGUGCUGCUGCAGCCGGGGUUCUCUGGCUGGGACAGGAGGAUCUGGAGGAUCUCAAAAGCACCAGCCAAAUGUCCGAACUUCCAGUGCUACCUGUGGAAGAUGUCUACUUACCAGGUGCACCUGUGACUCUGCAGGUGACGGAUCCGUUAGUCUGCGAGCUUUACGACAACUUGCUCCUGUCUGGUGGGCGUUAUGUGGCAACCGUCCUUUGCAGUGAGGACAGACGGGAGAUGGCAGCCUUUGGAACGCUGCUGUAUUUGGAGGAUUUUCGACAGACUGCUGGGCUCCACGUGGCUGAACACCUGGCCUGCGGCCGUGUACGUCUCAAAGGACCGAUGCAAACCACGGAGGAUGGCUUCGUGCUGCCACAACGCAUGGAGGUGGAACUCCGAGAGGAUCUUGAUGACUCCGAAGCUCAAACUCCAGCAACCCGCUUGGAACCGCAACUUUCACAGCUGGAACGCCUGCGGAAGAAACGUGGAAUCACCAGCGGGCUCAAGGAGACAUUGCACCUGGAACCGCCACUUCCGCGCGAGUUGCAAGCAGUCCAGGGUCUUUGGCAAGUCAAGAGCGGCCUGCGAGUCCGCAUCGACCGAGAUCAGGUGGUGGGUUUAGGCAAGUUGGAGUUGAGUGAUGGACGCCUUGUGGUCAAGCUGGAAAAGCCCUUCACAGCAAGCAUUGAAGGCUCUGAAAGCAUGGCUGAAAGUCUGACUUGGGAUGAUGGUGACGUUUGGCAGAGGUUAGCAGCCCCAGCACCCCAGCAUGCUUCGGCCUAUCAGAAUGCAUUGUGGCGUGCUGCCAGAAACUGGCGUUCAACAGGCACCUUGCGAGCUGAGCUGCGGCGGGGCGAAGCACGAUGGAAAUCAGCUGCUUCCAUGAUCCAAGCAGGUGCUGAGCGCCCUUGGGAUCCAGACAGCAGCUCGAGAGACGAGUGGGAAAGUGCGGCCAACGCAGCCGACUCGGCAGCCAGAGCUGAGAUUUGGGAAGAGGUCCUGAGGCCAUGCCAGCAACUGCUGCAAGCAGAAGUCAUGGCAGAAAGGUUGGAGAUCUUCAGGACCAUGUUGCAGGCAGAGAUCACCCGACUACAGCUGCUUCAAACUCUGGACCCAAAGGAUUGAAAAAAAA